AGUAUAUCCCCGCACCAGCGUCAUUAGUUGCGUUCUAAACUCGGUAACUCUUACAGUUGGUAUAGAAGGGUUGAACGCCUACCUUCAGGUAUAUAAUACAUACAUGGCAAAAUAAUAAUUACAAGAACUAAACUAGGCCAUUGUUUUAAGUAAAAGGAAAACAAUGGCUAACUUCGACGUCGAAGCCGCCAGAUCUAAGUUCCCGGCCUUAAAGGAGGAUCAGGUAUUCCUGGAUAACGCAGGUGGAAGCCAGGUCUUAGGAAGUGUCGUCGAAGCGAUAUCCGACUGGUUGAUCAAGAGUAACGUCCAGUUUGGAGGAGGUUAUAAAGUCAGCAAAGCCUCUAGUUCCCGGUACAAUGACGGCGUGACUGCUGGGGCGAAGUUCCUCAAUGCCCAAAAGGAUGAGAUAGCAUAUGGUUCUACCGCGACCCAACUCCUUCGGAACCUAUCAUUCACCUUCCAGUUCCAAGAAGGCGACGAGAUCGUGCUCUCGGCGAUCGACCACGAGGCUAAUAUCGCGCCGUGGAAAGACCUCGCAGAGCGUCUGAAGCUCGUCAUCAAGUGGUGGGUUCCGCAGGAGGGCUCAACCAAUCCAAAACUACUACCCGAAGACCUCAAGAACCUAUUAUCCGCGAAGACGCGGUUGGUGACGUGCACGCACGCUAGCAACAUCUUAGGGACGAUCCACGACGUCAAGGCUAUCGCUGAAGUCGUCCAUACUAUCCCUAAUGCUCUCCUGCUUGUCGACGGCGUAUCGUACGCGCCUCACCGGCCUAUCGACGUCAAGGAGCUAGGGGUGGACUUCUACGUCUUGUCAUGGUACAAGAUAUUCGGUCCGCACGUCUCAAUGCUGUACGGGAGCCGCAAGGCUCAGGAGCAAAUGCGCACGCUUGGGCAUUUCUUCAACCCGAGUGCGACACUUGAGAAUAAGAUUACUCUUGGAAGCUGCUGUUACGAGCUAGUCCAGUCCAUCCCAGCAGUCACCGAAUACCUCGGCCCCCCUCAAGCCGGAUCAUGGGGCGCUCUGCACUCGCAAGAGACGCAGCUACAGGCCGCGUUGCUCGAGUACCUCAACUCCAAACCCAACAUUACUAUAUACGGCGAGAGGGGCGCGGACGAGAAGCUCCGACUCCCUACGAUUAGCUUCACGGUAGACGGUCUGGACUCGAGGGAGCUUGUCGAGACGCUCGAACGGACUACCAAUUUCGGGUUUCGCUGGGGCGCUUUCUACUCGGUUUAUCUGGUGAACGAGUACUUCAAGCUAGGUCCUAGCGGAGUUGUGAGAGUUAGCAUGGCGCAUUAUAAUACUUUGGAGGAAAUAAAGGGGUUGAUUGAGGCACUCGACAGCGUAAUCUCGAAGACUACUUAGAUAUAAAGGUAUAAAGGUUAGACCUGUGUAUUAGCAUUUGUCCCUGUUAGUGGCCGCGCCGAAACGAUGUUGGGUAUCACCUUUGAACAUUUAGGUAGCUAGGGGGUUUGGCCGUGUCGAUAGUGAUAUCCUGAUUUCUUAACCUCAUAAAGUCAUCUACCAUCCUUGAAA